AGGGUAGCCUCAAAGUUACUAUUCACUAGAUGUUCAAGAGCCUCGAGUCAGAAAUUAGAUUAUCAGAGCAAGUUCCGUCCAGUUUUUUGAGAGAAAUAACCAUGAUCAAACUCCUUUUCUUGGUGUUGGUUGCCGCGACGUAUUUGGCCAAGGGGGGCGAUCUCAAGGAUCAAAAUACAUUACAAAAAAGUACUUCACAGGUGAUUCAAGUACUAAUAUUUUUCCAAGAGCUGGCCAGAAAAAUUGAUUUUAGAAUCUUUCGAUCAGGAAACGAAACAGUCAUUGUAGUUUGUCAAGAAAGAGUGUCUUAUGUAAUAGAACACGGCAGAAUUCAUCGCUGAUGUUCGAUGGGACAUAAUUACAAUGAAUAUACUAAGUAUAUUGUAGGGUUGAGCUCGUGCCAAUAUUAACUGUAUUUAUUAAGUUUUAAAAGUUUCGCUUUCAUUUUUUACUCAAGUAAAAAUCAAAAUAAUUUGUCAUCUUCAUGCAACUCCAUUACUCACGAUUAUUUUCAAUUCUUUAAGCUUUAUUGCUAUCCGUACAAAAAUUUAAAAUCUGCUUCCAUUUCUCGUAGAAAUUAGCAUACAUGAGUAGGUGUAUAAUUUGACUUAUUAUUAUUGCUCGUUAUCUUUCGUUACUUGGAUCAUAUUCUAUCGGUUUUUCACUCCCAUUCCCGGGGGGGGUACUCGCAGAAAAAUUGGGUAGGGGUGUGCGGCCUGCUUCCCAAAACCCUUACCCUAUUUAUGACCAAAAUCUGCGAUUUUCCCUACCCUAUUUAUGACCAAACCAAAAAUUUGAUACCCUAUUUAUGACCUGACCCUUAAAUCAAUACCCUGUUUCAGACCUGCCUUAUAAUUAUUUCCCUAGUUCAGACCAAUGUUAAAGGCAAUGUUUAUCUGCUUUUAUUAGGUUAGGGGGACAUGAUAAGGAAGUAGCUUCUUCUAAAAAAGUGCAUUCAAGACUACAGUGUAAAAAUCGUUACCCUAUUUAUGACCAAAAUGGCGGCAAAAUAGGCAAAAUCGAUACCCAAUUUAUGACCAAAACGGCUGAAAAACCCUACCCUUUGGGGCCGCACAUACCUAUAUAGCCCAUAUUAGGGAGUACCCCCCCCCCGGGCUCCCAUUAAACUUGCAAGUGCUGCUACCUUCAUCCAUUACCACCAUUCCCUCACGCCCCGACUUCUCACCUUCCUCAGUGCUCCUAAAGCCUUCUAUCGCCUGAUGAUUGUUCCCCUCAUCCAGCCAGCAAUCACCACUGCUAAUGCAAACUUUGUCAUCAAGAUGAACGUUGGCUUGGAAACAACAUUUGGUGCAGGAGAUAGCGAUCCUUCAUUUGUUAUUUCUGAUGGCAGUCGCUGUAUUGGCGUGUUUACUUAUGACAAGAAUAACUACAAAGAUUCCGCUCCUUGUCGUGGCAUCGAGGGAGCCAGUGGACCAACUAUGAGUCACCGUCGUACAGAUGCUUAUCUACCCAAACCAUCUGAGUCCUACUAUCCAGGAAGGUUUGAGAUCCAGUUGAGCCUGUCUGACCGGUGGGGAACCUGUUUUAUCCCGUUAGACGGAGGCUUCAGCAGAGAGAUGAUCUACCAGAACAAGCUGAAUCCUCGCAAAGGCCUGUUCUUGGAGAUUUAUGGCGAAGAUGCCAAAGAAAAAGAAGGAAUAAAGUAUAUCGAGAUUACAAUCCUCAAAGAGAUGUAAACUUAUCCCCGUUCAUCAGUUCAAUACAUGCUAUGAGUUUUUAAAAGUAAUGUAACCGAGAUAUUUAGAUCAGUAAAAACACCAAUAACUCAACCAGCAAUUGUAUUCAGAAUCCAUUUUUCUUUAUCUCAUAAUUUGGACUUGGACCAAAACCCUACUAAUACCGAUGUUUAUAUGAAAUGACUGUCGCUACGACACUUUCUGAGAAUUCAAUUCAACCAUGGCUAGCGAUCUUUUUAAUUCAUAAACCUGGUACUCUGUGAACUAACAUUUUACCGUGCAUAAAAACAAUUUCUUCCCUGGAUUUCAUUUCUCAGCUAUCUUUUCCCAAUUUUUACUCAACAAGUGCUGAUCAUGAUUUGGCGGAUGACUACGUCCAGUGUUCGGCAUUCAUGCAUUUAUCUCAGGGUACAAACUUGUCACCUAACAAGUGGGAUCAUCACCAGCCACAUGCACGAAUGUGAAUUUUCUAAACUUGAUGGACUUGCAAAUAAGUUGGCUGGUAAAAUUACUCCUUGACUUUGGCGCCAAAUUUAAUUGUUUGUGUCAAUAACAAAAUUCUCGCAUCUGAUUGGUUCUCAGCAACCCUUGUAUAUAAAGGAAAUGGGACUGACUCGAGUCCAAUCUCCGGCGGUCUUCAAUCGUACAAGUGAUAAACAAAAUCGGACGACCGCGUAGCGGGAGACCGAUUUGUUAAUCACGAGUAUGAUUACCGACCGAAGUCACCGAACUGGACGACAAAAAGGCCUGUUACCAAUUAAUCAUAACCAUUAGAAUUUCCGAGAAUACAAAUGCAUUGCUUUUUGUGAAAGAGCUUUUAAUACCGAUUAUCCAAAAUUAGGGAAACUAUCACUGGCAGAGACACUGUCUAAUGUUACAAAUUCGUCCAUUUUGAAAACAACCCUCGUAUAUAAAGGUAAUGGGACUGACUCGAGUCCAGUCUCCGGCGGUCUGCAAUCGUACAAGUGACAAACAAAAUCGGACGACCGCGUAGCGGGAGACUGAUUUGUUAAUCACGAGUAUGAUUACAGACCGAAUUAGACGACACGAAGUCCUGUCACCAAUUAAUCAUAACCAUUACAAUUUCCGAGAAUACUAUGCAUGCAUUCCUUUUUUUGAAAGAGCUUUUAAUACCAAUUUUCCAAAAUUAGGGAAACUAUCACUGGCAGAGACACAGUCUAAUGUCACAAAUUCGUCCAUUUUGAAAAAUCCCCAAUUUGGUAGGGUAAGUGGUUGUUGUUAUGGUUAUUGCGAUAAAUUCUGUGAUUGGUGGAUUUAGCUGAGUGCACUUAGUAUGGUUGGAUGAUGUAACUGUCCUAUUACAGCCAACUGUCUGAUUACAAACCUACACAAUAAUUAGUGAAAAAUAAGGCAGUUAAUUCACCAAUUAAAUUUGAGGAAAUUGUAAUGGUUAUGAUAAAUUGCUUAAUUUGGCUGAUUUAAACCAGAACUGUCAUGAACUGUCCAAUAUUGACCUGUCCGAUUAGAGGUUGCUUGUAAUCGGACAGUUGGUGAACAGCCGAUAAAAAAUAGGCCUUUUAUAAUAGUUGGUUACGUGAUCGACUUUCUGUCAACAUGAAAACAAUUCUGUUUGGAAACUGAUUAAUUUUCGCAGGAACUGUAUGAUCAUAUAAAAAUUAGGUAACCUAUAAAUAUUCAGCCGAGUAUCUCAAGUGUAGCGUUUGUAAUGGCCGCAGAAAAUUAGAAGGAUUUGUAUGGGAAAAAAAAACUUGCCACCCAGUCACGGUUGAGUGGCAUUCCAUACUGAGUGGUCACAAAGCCUUGUAAGACUUGUAAAUUUUGAAAUUUUCAAGGUGUCGUAGUAUCUUUCCAUUCUUUCUUCCCCUGAAACCUCUUAAUUCUCAACUCUAAACCAAUGCUUUAGAAUUAAUAAAAAAGCCUCUCUGUGAUGAGCAUCAUCCGAGAAUUUUAGUUACCCGUUUUUGGGGGAGACCGAGCAAGGCGCAUUAAAAUAGAGAACUUUAGUAGGGAAACAAAAGCUUAUAAUGUCAGGGCAUUUGAAGACUCCGCAGACGACCAGCAAAACGAUUUUAACGGGCUUUUUGUCGAAAAACACCCGCACCCUUAGAGAGAGCCUGUUCACAGGCUACCGCACCCUAGGAACCCUUCAUUUACUGCAACGGGCUGAAAUGAUUCUUUGCCACAGGAGAGACUGGUCUUUAUAUUAUAUGGUGCUUAUUUGGUUUAAUUUCAGCUGGAGGUUCUUUAUUUACUGUUUAAUGAGUCUGUAGAAACGUGUGUGUGUGUGUUUUUUAAAAUUAUUUAUAUUUCCAAAGACAAAACUAAUCACGCUCGACUGGACAUGAUAUGCAUAGAAUUAACCAAAAACUUAUAUUAGGAGCAGUUGCAUCUUUGUCAUCUUUCUCCUUUCACACAGUAUGAACAAAUACAUCACUGGCGUCUUCCUAAGUCAAGAGAGUGCAGCCGGUCUUUUUAGGACUUUCGUAGCUAAGACCUUGAGGUACAUUCAUUCUAAAGCGUAACAUUGCAAUGUUUAUCGUAUCAAAAUUUUCCUCUUUGAAAAAUAACUGAAUACUGUUACUGCUGAUUGCCGCAUUUAAGCAAGACUGCCAAGGAAUGAAAAAUUAAAAUACGAAAUCGCGGUUGAUUUCGAGUGGCAUAUUGGAAGACUGAAGACCUGCUAUCAAUUUUGAAGAAUUCAUAUAUUGUGCGUCUGGUAAUUAAAUAUACUUACUGUUACGGCCGCAUUCCACGUCAAUAUGUUUAGCGUUUAGUUCUUUGUAUAGUUGCACAUUCCUUUCACAUUCUUUUCAGUUAUCGCUAUUCAUAUUCUGUUAUAUUUCUCUGCAUAAGUUUCUUUGUUCUUCGAUCAUUUUGUAAGUUUCAUCGUUUAUUCUAAUUCAUUUCGCUUUAGCGUUCACGGCAACAUCAUUGCAGUUUUUUCGUCCAGUCUUGUUAGCCAUCGUACCUUUUUUCCGUUCAACUUUCUAGUCACACAACGUUUGUAAGUAUUUUCGCUUAGUUUCUUUCCGUUUCCUGUAUUUUCGUCGUUUCAUAGCUGUAAUUUGUAUUUUUUGUUUCGCUUUUAGCAACCGUAAUCGUAAUUCGUUAUAACUGUAAUAAAGACGAGUUGGAACUGUGGACCAUCCUUGGAUUAUUCGCUAUAAUACUUACUCCUUUGAAAGUCAGUGGGAUUUAGUGUUGACUCGAAAGGGGCGCGAAUUUGUAAGUUGCUUCUAGCUAUCUUUCUUGCGGUUUUCUUGGGAAUGAGUAAAAAUGAGUAAAAUCAUUUGAUGUGCUAGACUAGCUAGUAUAACAGGACUUUGUCCUUUCCGGCGAUAACUAACAAAAACCUACCACUAAGAGUCCAUGGUAUCAGGGACACCCUCCAUAAUACAUUGAUAACACAUUUUAGGCUAUCUAGAGUACCGUUUAGAUGUCUAGAAAUGCAUUCUAAGCGGGGCUAUAAAAUUUGUAUCUGUUCGGUCAUCCUAGGGGAACUUGAGUCUUUUCGAAAUUACAGGGGCUUCAGUAUUAAUUUUCCGAAAACUUUAAGAUGCAAUUUGACGUAUUACGAAAGUGAGACAUUUUCUGAUCUCUCCCUCCAUUGCAGUUUUGAGUCCGAAAAUUUUAGGUUUCCCUUUCUGUACGAAAAAAAGCCGCAUCUUGUUUACUGUUGGUAGUGUCGACCGAUAUAUCGGUCGAUAUAGCGAUCGACAGUCGGUCGAUAGUCGGUCGAUAGUCGGUCGAUAGUCGAUCGACAGUCGGUCGGCAGUCGGUCGCUAGUCGGUCGAUAGUUCAUAUAUACUUCACAAAAUCGUAGGCAAUUUAUUAGAUAAGCUUCGAAUUUUCCAUGAGUGGAACGGUCAUCUAGAAAUUUUUAGCCGUCGUCAAAUAAUAGAAAAUUCUAGGCAAUAUUUGCUUCUCCGAACAGAUAUUUCACAGAAAACAGUCGUUGGGAGCCCCUGAUGGUAUUGAACAAGAAGGGCCAAAGGUUUGAAGGGCCCAAAUGUUCACGAGAUUAUUUAUAUUCAAGAUAAAGGGGACUAUUAACUAACUGUCAACGGGUCAAAUAUGCAGAUUGGAGCAAGGCAUCAAAACAAAAUACAAGGAAAACAGUUUAGUUUCGAAGAGCUUCGCUAAAAGAACGAGACAACUACGGAAACUUGUAAAAAAUGUAUUUAUUGUGAUAAUUACUCGUAUUCAGAGUGAAUACAAAAGUGGAAGGCCCCAAGAGUGCGCUAUUUCUUUACCCGAAAUAUAAUCAUCUUGAUCUCAAUGUUUUAUAACUUGAAAUUAUUCCGUUUGCUGUGAAGCAGUCCUCAAUCAAUGACGUGUCCCGCAAAGAAAACAAUUUAAACAAGGGUAGCCUCAAAGUUACUGUUCACUAGAUGUUCAAGAGCCUCGAGUCAGAAAUUAGAUUAUCAGAGCAAGUUCCGUCCAGUUUUUUGAGAGAAAUAACCAUGAUCAAACUCCUUUUCUUGGUGUUAGUUGCCGCGACGUAUUUGGCCAAGGGGGGCGAUCUCAAGGAUCAAAAUACGUUACAAAAAACUACUUCACAGGUGAUUCAAGUACUAAUAUUUUUCUAAGAGCUGGCCAGAACAUUGAUUUUAGAAUCUUUCGAUCAGGAGACGAAACAGUCUUUGUAGUUUCUCAAGAAAGAGUGUCUAAGAUAAUAGAGCACGGCAGCAUUCAUCGCUGAUGUUCGAUGAUUUAUUGGACAUAAUUACAAUGAAUAUACUAAGUAUAUUGUAGAGUUGAGCUCGUGCGAAUAUUAACUGUAUUUAUUAAGUUUUAAAAGUUUCGCUUUCAUUUUGUACUCCAGUAAAAAUUAAAAUAAUUUCUCAUCUUCUUGCAACGCCAUUACUCACGAUUAUUUUCAAUUCUUUAAGCUUUAUUGCUAUCCGUACAAAAAUUUAAAAUCUGCUUCCGUUUCUCGUAGAAAUUAGCAUACAUGAGUAGGUGUAUAAUUGACUUAUUAUUAUUGUUCGUUAUCCUUCGUUACUUAGAUCCUAUUCUAUCGGUUUUUCACUCCCAUUAAACUUGCAAGUGCUGCUACCUUCAUCCAUUACCACCAUUCCCUCACGCCCCGACUUCUCACCUUCCUCAGCGCUCCUAAAAGCCAAUAUCGCCUGAUGAUUGUUCCCCUCAUCCAGCCGGCAGUCACCUCUGCAAAUGCCAAACUUUUCAUCAAGAUGAACGUUGGCUUGGAAACAACAUUUGGUGCAGGAGACAGUGAUCCUUCAUUUGUUAUUUCUGAUGGCAGUCGCUUUAUUGGCAUGCUUACUCUUGACAAGAAUAACUACAAAACUUCCGCUCCUUGUCUUGGCAUCGAGGGAGCCAGUGGACCAACUAUGAGUCACCGCCGUACAGAUGCUCAUCUUCCCAAACCAUCUGAGUCCUACUAUCCCGGAAGGUUUGAGAUCCAGUUGAGCCUGUCUGACCGGUGGGGAACCUGUUUUAUCCCGUUAGACGGAGGCUUCAGCAGAGAGAUGAUCUACCAGAACAAGCUGAAUCCCGGCAACGGCCUGUUCUUGGAGAUUUAUGGCGAUGACACUAAGGAAAAAGAAGGAAUAAAGUAUAUUGAGAUUACCAUCCUAAAGGGGAUCUGAUCUUUACCGUGAGUGUACAUGAGGUCAAGACAGUUAAGCACUAGAUCAAUAAAAAAUCAACAAAAGAGAGCUCAACGUGUUUUGGAAAUAGCA